AAAUAUAGCACGCGCGAGCUCAGCUCCUCAACAAAGUCAUUUCUCUGACAGUGUUGUGAAGGGAGCAGAAGAGGAGAAACCUAAUCUCAGAACCCAACAACACCUAGCAACAGUUGAAAAAACUUUUAAACAAAAGUCUGGGUGGGAGAUAUACAACAACUUCCAAUUUCUGCUGAUCGGGAUUUCAGGGAGAAGAAGCUGCUUUCCCCCCUUCUCUACUCAGUUUCCUGCAUGACUUCAGCUAUUGGCUAGUCCUAGGAAAGAAAGUGGGAAAAGCUUUUUCCUCUGUAUUCUUUUGGGCUGGAUAGUUUUCCAGAACUCGAGUCUGUCUUGGGCUGUGGGACGAGCCACUGGGUUCUUCAAAGGAUAAACUACCUCCAUAGAGGACAUACCCUUGGUUAAACGAGCUGCCGUCAGGUGGGAAUGAGAUCCCGAAAUCAAGGUGGCGAAAGUUCAGCUAAUGGGCAUAUCUCCUGCCCCAAGUCCUCCAUCAUCAGCAAUGCUGGUGAUAAAAGUCUCUCAGAAGAUGCAAAAAAGAAGAACAAAUCAAACAGGAAGGAGGAUGAUGUCAUGGCCUCAGGAACUGUCAAACGACACCUAAAAACAUCUGGAGACAGUGAACGAAAGACUAAGAAAUCCCUGGAGUUAUCCAAAGAAGACCUCAUCCAGCUACUCAGUAUAAUGGAAGGGGAGUUGCAGGCCAGAGAAGAUGUGAUCCACAUGCUCAAGACCGAGAAAACCAAACCCGAAGUUCUGGAGGCUCACUACGGGUCUGCAGAGCCAGAGAAAGUGCUUCGGGUCCUGCACCGAGAUGCCAUCCUUGCCCAGGAGAAGUCCAUAGGAGAAGAUGUCUAUGAGAAACCGAUUUCAGAGCUGGACAGACUUGAGGAAAAACAGAAAGAAACCUACCGGCGCAUGCUAGAACAGCUGCUGUUGGCAGAGAAGUGUCACAGGCGCACUGUGUACGAGUUAGAGAACGAGAAGCACAAGCACACCGACUACAUGAACAAGAGCGACGACUUCACCAACCUGCUGGAGCAGGAGAGGGAGAGGUUGAAAAAGCUCCUUGAACAAGAAAAGGCAUACCAAGCCCGUAAAGAAAAGGAAAAUGCUAAACGGCUCAAUAAACUAAGAGAUGAGCUUGUCAAACUCAAGUCCUUUGCACUCAUGCUGGUGGAUGAAAGACAAAUGCAUAUUGAGCAACUCGGCCUGCAAAGCCAAAAAGUACAGGAUCUUACUCAGAAACUGAGGGAAGAAGAAGAAAAGCUCAGAGCCAUUACUUCCAAAUCCAAAGAAGACAGACAGAAAUUGCUCAAGUUAGAAGUGGACUUUGAGCACAAAGCUUCAAGAUUUUCUCAAGAGCAUGAAGAGAUGAAUGCUAAAUUAGCCAAUCAAGAGUCUCACAACAGGCAACUUAGACUCAAGCUGGUUGGCUUAACUCAAAGAAUAGAGGAGCUAGAAGAGACCAACAAAAAUCUUCAAAAGGCAGAGGAAGAACUUCAAGAACUAAGAGAUAAAAUUGCCAAAGGGGAAUGUGGAAACUCCAGCCUCAUGGCGGAAGUGGAAAAUCUCCGAAAGCGCGUGCUUGAAAUGGAGGGAAAAGACGAGGAGAUCACUAAAACGGAAUCCCAGUGCAGGGAAUUGCGGAAGAAGCUGCAAGAGGAAGAACACCAUAGUAAGGAGCUCAAAAUUGAAGUUGAGAAGCUACAGAAGAGAAUGUCUGAACUGGAGAAAUUGGAAGAAGCAUUUAGCAAGAGUAAAUCUGAAUGCACCCAGCUACAUUUAAAUCUGGAGAAAGAAAAGAACUUAACCAAAGACCUGCUAAAUGAAUUGGAAGUGGUCAAGAGUAGAGUUAAAGAACUUGAAUGUUCUGAAAGUAGAUUGGAAAAAGCUGAAUUAAGCCUAAAAGAUGAUCUUACGAAAUUGAAGUCAUUUACUGUGAUGCUGGUUGAUGAAAGGAAAAAUAUGAUGGAAAAAAUAAAGCAAGAAGAGAGAAAAGUGGAUGGACUCAAUAAAAAUUUUAAGGUGGAACAAGGAAAGGUUAUGGACGUAACUGAAAAACUAAUCGAAGAAAGUAAGAAGCUUUUAAAACUGAAAUCUGAAAUGGAGGAAAAGGUAUACAAUUUGACAAAAGAGAGAGAUGAGUUGAUAGGCAAACUGAAAAGUGAAGAAGAAAGAUCCUCUGAAUUAAGCUGCAGUGUUGACUUAUUAAAGAAGAGACUCGAUGGUAUAGAGGAAGUGGAAAGAGAAAUAACAAGGGGAAGAUCUCGGAAAGGACCUGAGCUCACCUGCCCAGAAGAUAAUAAGAUUAAGGAACUAACACUUGAAAUUGAAAGACUGAAGAAACGUCUCCAACAAUUGGAGGUGGUCGAAGGAGAUUUGAUGAAGACAGAGGAUGAGUAUGAUCAGCUGGAGCAGAAAUUUAGAACUGAGCAGGAUAAGGCUAACUUCCUCUCUCAACAACUAGAAGAAAUCAAGCACCAGAUCGCCAAGAAUAAAGCAAUAGAGAAAGGAGAGGUUGUGAGCCAGGAAGCUGAGCUGAGACACAGAUUUAGGUUGGAAGAAGCUAAAAGUCGAGACUUAAAAGCCGAAGUACAAGCUCUUAAAGAAAAAAUUCAUGAAUUAAUGAACAAAGAAGAUCAGCUUUCUCAGCUCCAGGUAGAUUAUUCUGUCCUUCAACAAAGAUUUAUGGAAGAAGAAAAUAAGAACAAAAGCAUGGGGCAGGAGGUCCUCAGUCUGACCAAAGAGUUGGAGCUGUCCAAGCGUUACAGCCGAGCUCUCAGACCCAGUGUGAACGGAAGAAGAAUGGUGGAUGUGCCUGUGACGUCGACUGGAGUACAGACCGAUGCGGUCAGCAGUGACGCAGCCGAGGAGGAGACGCCGGCUGUUUUCAUACGGAAAUCCUUUCAGGAAGAAAAUCAUAUCAUGAGUAAUCUUCGACAGGUGGGAUUGAAAAAACCUAUGGAACGAUCCUCUGUUCUAGACAGGUAUCCUCCAGCAGCAAAUGAGCUCACUAUGAGAAAGUCUUGGAAUCCAUGGACGAGAAAAAGGGAAAAUGGCCCCCCGAUCGCUCAGGAGAAAGGGCCUCGAACAAAUUCCAGUCCAGGGCACCCGGGAGAGCUAGUCCUUUCUCCAAAGCAGGGCCAGCCCCUGCAUAUCCGAGUGACGCCAGAUCAUGAGAACAGUACUGCGACUUUGGAGAUAACAAGCCCAACAUCUGAAGAAUUUUUUUCUAGUACCACCGUCAUUCCUACCUUAGGGAAUCAGAAACCAAGGAUAACCAUUAUUCCAUCACCAAAUGUUAUGUCUCAAAAACAAAAAAGUGGGGAUACUACUCUUGGCGCAGAACGAGCCAUGUCCCCCGUCACGAUUACUACGUUUUCCAGAGAGAAGACCCCAGAAAGUGGAAGAGGCACAUUUGUGGACAGGCCCACAUCCCCCAUCCAGAUCAUGACAGUGUCUACAUCAGCAGCACCAGCUGAGAUUGCAGUUUCACCUGAAUCCCAGGAAAUGCCCAUGGGAAGGACUAUCCUCAAAGUCACCCCAGAAAAACAGACUGUUCCAACUCCAGUACGGAAAUACAACUCCAAUGCCAAUAUUAUAACUACAGAAGACAAUAAAAUCCACAUUCACUUAGGUUCUCAGUAUAAACGAUCCCCUGGGACUCCAGCUGAAGGAGUAAGUCCAGUUAUUACUGUCCGACCAGUCAAUGUGACAGCUGAAAAGGAAGUUUCCACUGGCACUGUCCUUCGUUCUCCCAGGAACCAUCUCUCUUCACGACCCGGUGCAAGCAAAGUGACAAGCACUAUCACCAUAACACCAGUCACAACCUCAUCUGCUCGAGGAACCCAGUCAGUGUCAGGACAAGAUGGGUCAUCCCAGCGGCCUACACCCACCCGCAUUCCUAUGUCAAAAGGUAUGAAAGCAGGAAAGCCAGUAGUGGCAGCCCCAGGAGCAGGAAAUCUGACCAAAUUCGAGCCUCGAGCUGAGACUCAGUCUAUGAAAAUAGAGCUGAAGAAAUCUACAGCCAGCAGCGCUACCUCUCUUGGAGGGGGGAAGGGCUGAGGGCAGUGGCUGAGGGGGUAUGUUGUGCAGAUGCUACUGCUGCUGUGAAAACGAACCUUCGUCUGCUCGUGCCAACUCUUUACAUGUACUAAUUUAAGUUUUAAAUAUCUUGUUUAUAAAAUAACCAACUAAUAGCCAUGUGUCUUUCCUAUUUUGUGCAUUUGUUUUGAUGCUGGGGAACAGAACUAAUUAGCAAAACUACUGUUUGCCACGUGAUUUGUUGAAGACACUGGGCCUGAGGCAGGGCCUGGCCUCUCGUCCUAGUUUUGCUUCUAGCAAGUGUACCCAUCAGUUAACCAUCUGAGCAGGCUCAGUGUUUCAUCAGUAAGAGGUGGGGGCUGGAUCACAUGCUCUCCAAGGCUGGCUCCCGUAUUUCCUAAUUAUAAGCCAAAUUUAAUUGACCUCAUUCCACAGUACUUUAUUUUUAAAAAAAUCUAUUACGAAAUAAGAUAUAGUUUAACAAUUCUCAUUGGCCUCUAUCAAAUCCUGAAUUUGCUUUAUGUGCUGGAUAGAAAAAAUCACGUAGCUAUCACAGGGCCUGGACCUCUAAAAUUUUGCAAAAACAAAAGCCUCUGAGAUGAUUUCAGAUAAUAAUUUGAAUGUGAAAUAAAGUGGAAAUGAAAUAUGGAAUCCUAAAAA